AUGGCCCGUGGUAACCAGCGCGACAAAGCCCGUGAGAAGAACUUGGCCAAGCUAUCUCAAGAGGUCCGUUCCGUCCAUGAUAAUCAUCCCACUCCCCUCCCUCUCUACUACUACCCCUCCUCCAAUGUACAUCGUAUACUAAUUUAUCUUCUUCCAAACAAUAGAAGCACAAAACCACCGCGUCCGGAACCCAACAGGCGCGCGAGAAGGAGAACGUCGCCGCGAUUAUGCGCGCCAAGCAGGCCGCUGCGGAUGCCAAGAAGACGGAUGGCGGGAAGAAAUAG